AUGGCCGAGGCACUGACCAGCAUUCCCCUCACGUCGCUCCCACGGAUUUCCCAGGGCAAAGUCAGGGACCUCUUCUCUCUUCCUAAUGACGAAAACCCGACACUCCUUUUUGUCACCUCGGACCGCAUCAGCGCCUAUGACGUCAUUCUCAAAAAUGGAAUUCCCACAAAGGGCGCCAUCCUGACCCUCCUGUCAGCCAAAUGGUUCGAGGUUCUCUCCUCCCGCGUGCCGGGCCUGAAGCACCACUUCCUCCACCUUGGCCCUCCCCCGGCGUCUGGCCUCUCCCAGGAUGAACAACAGAUGCUUCGCGGCCGCUCCAUGACCGUCCGUCGACUCAAGAUCUUCCCUAUUGAGGCGAUCGUGCGCGGAUAUGUUACCGGCAGCGCCUGGGCGGAGUACCAAAAGACGCAAACCAUCCACGGCCUGCCGCAGCCCGCCGGGCUUAAGCGCUGCGAGCGCCUCCCCAAGACCAUCUAUACGCCCUCUACCAAGGCGGAGCUCGGAGACAAGGACGUCAACAUCUCACCAGACGAGGCUAGAGGCAUCGUCGGUGACAAGUAUGCCUCGCGUCUCGAGGAGCUGGCCCUCAACUGCUACAACGCCGGCGCCGCGUAUGCUGAGGAGCGCGGUAUCAUCAUCGCCGACACCAAGUUCGAGUUCGGUCUGGAUGAGGAGACGGAUGAGAUCUACCUCGUCGAUGAGGUUCUUACCCCUGACUCGUCGCGGUUCUGGAGCAAGGCAGAUUACGAGUCUGGCCGUGACCAGGACUCUUUCGAUAAGCAGAUUCUGAGAAACUGGUUGACCGAGAAUGGUUUGAAGGGCAAGCCGGACGUGGAAAUGACGCCGGAUGUUGUCGAGAAGACAAAGGGGCGGUAUACCGAGGUGUUCAAGCUCAUGACGGGAGAAAGCUUGGAGGUGGUCCUCGAGAGGACGGGAAACUAG